AUGGCGUCUCCAUCUUCCUCAUCGUCUUUCACGCUUUCCUCUCUGUUCGCCACCGCCGUCUUAGUUCUAGUUCUCUCAACCGCCGUAUCAUUGAAAUCGGCGUUACAUCCCCGCGACGUGCUUCCGCAUUUGCCAAGACAAGUCUCAUGGCCCAUCCUCAACUCCCUUUACGGCGCAGCCGAUCUUCUUCCUACUUUCAUUGGAACAGCGAAUGCAGGUAACAACACCGUCAAGUGGAAAGGUGCAUGUUUCUAUGAGAACACAGCUCAUAUGGAGUUUCAUAACAAGUCGGGUAGCAAGUUUGGUGGAGGCACACUUCACAUUAAGGCGGAUAAAGCACAUAGCUCGACUUGCAUGGAUCUUUACGUCUUUGCAACUCCUUAUCGUGUGACAUGGACUUGGUACUUCGUUUCACGGCCACACACUGUGGAGUUCCCUGAAUGGGAUGGACAAGCUGAGUAUGAAUAUGUUAAGAAAAAGGGAGUUUCGAUAUUCCUUAUGCACGCAGGGAUGUUAGGAACACUACAAGCACUGUGCGAUGUUUUUCCUCUCUUUACCAAUACUGGUUGGGGUGAAAGCUCUAAUAUGGCUUUUCUUGAGAAGCAUAUGGGAGCUAAGUUCGAAGCUCGUCCUGAACCAUGGGUCACUAAAGUCAACACUGAUGAUAUCCAUUCUGGUGAUCUACUUGUUCUAUCCAAGAUCCGUGGACGUUGGGGUGGUUUUGAGACCCUUGAGAAGUGGGUGAGUGGGGCUUAUGCUGGUCAUUCAGCUGUCUUCUUGAGAGACUCACAAGGGAAGCUGUGGAUUGGUGAGUCCGGUAAUGAAAAUGACAAGGGAGAAGAUGUAAUAGCGAUAUUACCAUGGGAGCAGUGGUGGGAAUUUGAACAAACCAAAGAUGACUCGAAUCCUCAUAUUGCAUUCCUACCUUUGCGUCCUGAUGUUCGUGCUAAGUUCAACGUUACUGCUGCUUGGGAAUAUGCUCGGAGCAUGGAGGGUAAACCAUAUGGUUAUCACAACUUGAUUUUUGCCUGGAUCGAUACCGUUACUGCAAACUACCCACCUCCUAUAGAUGCUAAUCUUGUUGCUUCUUUCAUGACUGUUUGGAACAAGUUGCAGCCUGAGUAUGCUGCUAAUAUGUGGAAUGAAGCCUUGAACAAGCGUCUCGGAACAGAUGGUCUUGGUCUUCCUGAUGUAUUAGUUGAAGUAGAGAAACGUGGAUCUUCUUUUGAUAAAUUACUAACUGUACCCGAACAAGACGACUGGAUAUACAGCGAUGGUAAAUCAACCUCGUGCAUCGCUUUCAUCCUCGAAAUGUACAAAGAAGCUGGCCUAUUCGGCUCAUUGGCUAGCUCUAUUCAAGUCACAGAAUUCACGCUCAAAGAUGCUUACAGUCUCAACUUCUUUGAGAACAAUGCAAGUCGUCUACCUAAAUGGUGCAAUGACAAUGACAAUGUGAAGCUUCCUUACUGUCAGAUACUUGGGAAAUACAGAAUGGAACUUCCUGGUUACAAUACUAUGGAACCUUACACGCAUAUGAAUGAACAAUGUCCAUCUCUUCCUCCAAAGUACAACAGACCAGGGAACUGCUAA